UUGCUACCAGGGGGAAUGACUGAAUGCCUGAGCAUCUGUUACGACUGCAGCAAGUGUGUGUGUGUGUGCGCGCAGUAGUUGCCCUCCCCCCCAGUCGGUUGGUGUGGUCACGUACUCACAGUGACGUCUGAUGACGAUGUUGAUGGGUGAAGUACCAGCUAUCAUCAUCAUCCUCCUCCUCAUCAUCAUCACCACCACCACAGAGCCUCUAGUCUGUUUAAAGGGUAUAACUCCGCUACACGGAGAAGACAUUUCUUGCUUUGGUGGACAGUGGAUCCGCAGCCCUGUAUUCUAAACAGGAGAACGAGCUUUUCAUCAUGAACUGUGACAUAGAUGGAGACAUGGAGAACCAGGUGGAGAUGGAGGAGAAGACGAGGUUAAUAAAUCAAGUUUUGGAACUUCAGCACACACUGGAAGACUUGUCAGCGCGGGUCGACGCAGUCAAGGAGGAGAACCUCAAGUUAAAGUCUGAGAACCAGGUCCUUGGUCAGUACAUCGAGAACCUCAUGUCAGCUUCCAGCGUCUUCCAGACCACCGACACCAAGAGCAAACGGAAGUGAAGUACCCUUCGGGAAACACCUGCAGACCCAGGCCAGCAGCUGGGAGAGAAAACCCACCAUGGAGACAUGGAGAGGGGUUUGUUUUCUCAGCAGACCUGGGUGUUUUCUGUAACCGUUAGAGCUCACUUACCGGAGUCAAAAACUAACAAUUUAAAAAUCAAACACAUAAAUUGACUUUGUCACGUGUCCCGCUGGCUCAGAAAUAGAUCAAUUUAAUGUUAGUCUGGCCCAGGUCUGUUUUGCAACAGCUUCCUCUCUACAUUACAGACGAGGUAGACAUCACCCUUUAAUCACUAACACAAAAACAGAACCAGAAUAUGUACAUGAAGUGGUUAAGGGUAAUUUGUACCUUAAGUUUCUUCUUAAUGCUCUCUGUCAAUGUAGUAUGUGUAAAAUAAUUCUAAAUAACUGCUGUUUUACCCUUCUUGGUUUUCUGUUCGAGAACAAUUCUGAUUUUCUGUGGUUUUCCCAACUUUCUGACACAGUGUUCCCGUCUCAAACUUACUAGUAAUUGGGCGACAAAUACUGUUUGACCAUGAACCUCAUUUUCAACACUGGUUUAUUUUAUUAUUUAUUUUUGUAAAGUAUUUUCUACGUCAGUUGCAUCUGAGUUUUUGGUCUUGGAUGUCAUCAUAUCUGUCUUUAUAAAGCACGACUGUAUUCUUCCAUUUAAAAGCAAACUGAACAGUAUUACUGAGAAUGAAAAAUGUAUUUGGAUCGCAUGUAUGAGUAAUACACUUCUUGAAUGAGUUUCUUUCUGUUUGACAGUUCAGUAUAUCUAAUGAAAUGUCAUUAAAUCAAUAAUCACUGAAUUACAGACUGAAAACUAGCUACUGAGAACUCUUAACACUAGGAGGUGGAUACAUAUAGGUACCAUUGAGAGCUCAGCAACAAUGUAAGUAAAAGCACAGAGAAACUAAAAGUUGUGUAAACUAGCACUCCAUAAAAGUGUAGGUCUUAACUAACAUCAGUAAUGUUUUUAUUGCAAGUGGUUGAUUUUUAAAUCAAAGAUUUUCUUUCUGUACUUAAAGUAUUUGUAACCCUUUCAAUUGAUCAUGUCAUAAAUGAGUGGUGUGGCCCAAAGAGUAAUGUAAGAGCGAGAGAGGAAAUGGUAGGGUCAUAAAUGCAGCAGGGCUCUGUCACAUACAAACCCUGCAUUAUUACAUUUUGUGUCCUUAACCAGUAAUGUCCACGGGGGAGGGGGACUGAACGGGCCAGAUGACACAAGGAAGAGGUGAGGUGGGAAGCAAGACAUGCUUUCCCCUUGAACUGCAAGAACAAAAGCAGUAAAGAGGCCUUGAGUGCUAUUGAUCCAUUUGGCCAGGCCUGGAAUACAUCACCUGCUAGAGGAUGGGUUUGACCGUAAAUGUGCUGAUGUCGUCAGACGGCAGAGUGGAGGGAGUGUCCUCCAAGACUGCAGCUGCCUCAGAUAAAAAGAAAAAAGGACAGAGGGUGGAAGGCGGAGAUGAAAAGUAAUGCAAUCUUAACAAAUUUGUAUUCUUUUUUUUAAACUGAAGUAUCCAGUUCAAUAAUGUCUGGAAAGCGGUAAUUAAUGUCUAAACAUCAGAUGACUGUGGUGGUGUUUAAAAAUGGGGGGAACUGGUAAUAUUAUUAGGCUAUAAACUGUAUAUGCUGUAAUCUUUUUCUUAUUUUGAUAUUUAUGAAUAGUUGUACAGUAGUAUUUCAUUAAUUUCUUUCUGGCAUGCUGAAUAUGCCCUACCUACACACCCCCUGGUACCUGCACCUUUGCCUUUAAACAUUUUUGUUUUAAUAAAAACCUAAGACCA